AUGGUUACAAACACUUCCACCAACGCUUCUUCGAUGAUGGGAUCGACCAUUGUCAAAUCUCAUGCUGAAAAACUAAAGAAGUUCAAGGGAGAAAACUUCAAAAGAUGGCAACAGAAGAUGAUUUUCUACCUCACCACCCUAAAUCUUGCUUACAUCUUAAAGGAGGUAUGCCCAACUACUCUCCUAAAAGCAAUCACUCCUGAAAUUGAAGCUACCAAGCAAGCAUGGUUACAUUCAGACUUUCUAUGUCGCAACUACAUCCUGAAUUGCAUGGAUGAUACCUUGUAUAAUGUCUACUGCAAUGCCUUUGAUACUUCAAGACAAUUGUGGGAGGCAUUAGACAAGAAGUAUAGGCUGGAAGAUGCUGUUGCUGGUGUGAUUGAGAAGUUGCCUCCUGCUUGGAGAGAAUUCAAAUCUUAUCUCAAACACAAGCGAAAGGAGUUGUCCAUAGAGAAUCUUACUGUGAAAAUCCGCAUUGAAGAGGACAACAGAAAGGGAGACAAAGAGCCACGUAAAGUUGAAGCUAAUGCCCAUAUUGCUGAAGCUUCAAGGCGUCAUCCCAAAAAGAAUCAAUUCAAGACAAAGAAUGUGAAUCUUGGGCCAAGGAAUAACGCUAACAAGCGCAUUCGUGCAAUCCGCUGGGUUUGUGGCAAGAGUGACCAUAUAGCUGCAAACUGUAGACACAAGAAGGGACAAAACUCUAACAACGAGGCCAACACUAUAGAAGAUGACAAUUUAACUGCUGUUAUCUCUGAGGUAAAUAUGGUCUUUGACACCAAAGGCUAG